AUGUUAUCUCAUUUGUAACGUUCCUAACUACGUACAACAAAUAUAUAUAUUGCCUUCAAUUGAAAUCAAUUAAACUAUAUAUAUAUAUGGCGGCUAAGCAAGAGCUUUGCUCCAAUUAUGUUAUGCGGAAACCAGAAGGAGCAGCUGCUAGCUUCUUUAGUUUCCUGGGGUUCUUGAUCUCAUCUGACCGGUUGAAAACCCGAGACCUUUUCGAUUCUCCGGCGGAGACCGCCACCGGGCGGUUGAGGUUCCGUACCCGAUUCCUCGUUCUCGUCUCCGUUAUCGUUAAAAAUGUUCUCAUUUACUUGAAAGCGCCGUUGGCAUGGUUAGGAUCCAGCUUAGAGAUCUUUCUCAACUAUCCUUCCUUUAACGGUGGUUAUGUCCGCCUCAUUCUCAAUUUUCUUACAGGGAACAUGGUUAUGCCGGAAACGACGUCGGAGAAUUUCAGAUCGUUUCUGGCAAUCCUGGACAAGAGGUUUAACUUGGACCCCGAUAUCAAGAAUGGCGACAGCCGAUAUACACCACUUUUAUCUGUCAUGGCUGCUAAGCUUUCGUAUGAAAACAAAGCCUUUGUUCAAAAAGUAAUCACCAAUAACUGGAAGAUGGAUUUUUUGGAGUUCAAGAAUUUCCAAUGCGGAUAAAAACAAAAAGGGACGCCUAAGGGGUCUGCCACUGUUAACUCCCUAAUAACUCGUAGAUUAUUUUGCUUCUAAUAAAUUUGACUUAAGCCUAUUUUGCCGUUGGGAUUGCGGAGAGAAAAUGCUAACCAUGAGAAAUAAAAAGAAACAAGUACAUUAAAUUAAGGAUUAAUUUGAAAAUUAUAAGUAUUUGAAUUUUAUUAGUAGCAGUUGUUCCGUGGUGCCGUGGUGGUUGCUUUUUGGAUGUGGAAGUUCUAGGUAAAAAAGACAUUUUUGUUCACUCCUCUCUUUUUACUCCUAUAAAUGUUCUAAUUCACAUGUAUAUUAAAUUUACACUUCUGCAUUGUUUAAGCGUCUACUUUGGAAUGAAAUUAACUCUCUAUUUUUUAAAAAAAAAAAAUACUUUUACUACAUUUCUUUUUUUUGUUUUACUGCAUUUCUUGAAAAUCCAAAACCAUAUUGCUGCAGUUUUUACACUAGGAAGGUUUUUGACAUUCCAAAUUAUGUUUUGAACAUAUAUACGAGAGUAUCUCCACCAAUUAGUUAAUUUCCUUUAUAGCUUAACUUGUAACAUAAGCAUGUGUAGCAAAGUUAUUUUCAAGGUAAACGGUAUUUAAUUUCACCAGUUGGCUAUAACUUCUUACUUCUUCAUCUUUCCUUAUUAUUAAUAAUACUGUAUUGAAUAAUUCUCUUUCUCCUAGUAGCUUCUUUUGGGGAUAUUUUCAUUUGGAUUGAUAUUUUCUGGUCUAGUCUGUUAAAUGUUUUGUCUUUGUGUAUUUUAUUAUAACUUUUAAAGUCUAUUCUGGUCUAUUGUGAUCUAGUCCAGUUUGGUCUGGUAUGGUUUGAGACUGAAAAUAGUCCAAAUAAAAAACAUAUUUAUCUUUUCCAGCAAAAGGAAAAGGUUUGCUUCAAUAGUAAACUAUUAUCUCUAAAAUUGCAAGGAACUCUUUCAAAUAAAUCAUUGAAGAUGCUCUUAUAGUCCAUCGUCAAGGUUUUUGCUUAAAUACGGAGUAUUACUUAAAUAAAAGUGACGGACGAAAAUAUGACUUAAAUGACUACAAGUAUAUAAUCAAAGUAGUCAUUGCAAUGUAAAUAAAAACAUCAUCAUGGUCACUAAAGUUACCAUUAUAGUCCCUAAAGUACAUAAAGUCACAAUUUGUCAAUUACCUUAUUUUAGUCAUUACAUUUGUCAUUAUUUUUAAUUUUAAUGACAAUAACCAUUGUUAUUUAAAAACUAAAACCAUAUAAAAGAAUUAAUACAAUUUUCUUAAAAUAAUAACAGGAGUUGUAUAUUUCCUUAUUAAUAAGAGUAUAAUUAAUUAUUAGUUUUCCCUGUAAGAUACUCCCUCCGUUUCUGAAACAAGUUCCACAUUUGACUUCACACAUAUUAAGAAAAUAAAUUUGACUUUGCUGUGGAGUGCACUGUUUGGUACUAUUUGUCACUGUUUGAACACUGUUUGACACUGUUUUAAUGUAGAUAAUUUGCCAAAUAAGGAAAUGUUUGAA